UUAAUGAGAUUCACUCUCUCCCUCCCCUUUUCCAACUUGUAAAUUUUCCUUUCCGCGCCCUCUCAAGUGCACCGCAGAUACAAACAUAGCUGGCAACACCGCCACCGCGUGGCAAAACCAAGGAAAACGAUGGUCGGUGAUCGGAUUAUUCUUCGUCUACUACGUAAAUGCACUUCCCGCAUCUCUCUUUUCUCUUCUUCAACUUUUGGCUUGAGCAGACGAGGCAAACGUGUUGCUGAUACAAGCUUUCAAUUUCACAACCAUCCUUGUCGUUUACUUAGCUUCUCUCCGAAACAACCUUCCUCCACUUCCAUAUAUCAUUCUCCUUCUUUAACUUCUCGGCUCUUUAGAACAAGCUCAAACGAAAGUAACCAUCGAGAAAAUGGCAGCGAAAAAUAUGAAACAAGUGAAGAGGAAGAAACAGAUGGGUGGGAAGAAGAAGAAGAGGAGGUGGAGCCCAAGGCUGGUGAUGGUGGGGAUGGAGGUGGAAUUGUUUUGCAAGGUGUCCCAUGGGGAGAACGUGCUCUCUCUAUUGCACGUGAAGUAUUGUUGCAAUCUGGUGAUGGCAUUGAGCUCUAUGCUUUCAAGACUACUCCUCGUGGAUAUGUUUAUGUUAGACUAGACAAACUGUCUAAUGAAUAUGGCUGUCCCAGCAUGGAGGAGCUUGAAAGCUACUGUCAAGAAUAUAAAAAACGGUUGGAGGAAGUUGGAGCACUUGGAGAAAUACCUGAGGAUUUGGCUCUUGAGGUAUCAUCUCCUGGUGCUGAGAGGAUACUGAAGGUGCCAGAUGAUUUAUGGCGUUUCAAAGACAUGCCCAUGAGAGUAUGCUAUGUAGAAGGCCUAGAGUCUAAAGGCCCAGAAAAGGAUGGAGUCUUCUAUCUGGAGUCCAUGGAAAAAGAAUCAGACAUCUGUAUCUGGAAGUUGGCAGAUGUGAAGGAAAACAGGGACCCUGAAAGCAAAGGUAGACCUUUAAGCCGUAAAAGCAGAGAUUGGAGAUUGAAAUUGCCAUAUGAAGUGCACAGACAGGAACCAGUCUACCUUGGCAAUCAAAACCCCAUUCAACCAAAACUUCUAUCAAGGCCAGGAUUAAGAUUUUAAAAAGGAAAAUCACUUGUUGAAUCUUUUUUCAGAAAAAGUUGAAUAAGUGAAGUUUCCUUCAGAUUCAGUAGAAGCCAUCUUGUAAGAAAAAAAGAAAAAGAAAUUAUUAUUAUAUAUUUUUCAUUUAUUUUCAAACAGUUUUAAGUCUUUUCGAAUAUAAAUUUAAAAAAAUAAUUUUUUU